GUGAGGCGAAGGAACACUUUUUUCGUGGCGGUGUGAUACGCGAUUUGGUCAAAGGAUAUGUCCAAGUGUCAUGCACAUUUGGCUUCUGCCGUGCAGGCCUUGCAGAGUCUCUCUCUAGGUCAUCCCUCUUUUCAAUGGUCACCUCUUCGUUUUUCCGAUGACGUCGUUCCGCCGCCCCCGUCGACCGCCGCCCCCUCGCAAGUGGCGCCAUCUCCAUGUGCACCACUUGCUCCCCUCCCCCCUCGUCCGCUUCGUCAGACGAUUCCCGCAUCCGUUGAUGGCAGACCAUCUGUGGCAACGCAGCCUGAUGCGCAAGGCACCGUGCCAGUUUCAUGUGUCGGGGAAGUUGUGCCGUUCGACGAGCAAGACACUCGUGCUUUCGUAGAGGGCGGUGGGUGGGGGAAGGACGCUGACACAUCAUCAGGCCUCGCCCCGUUGUUCACUGGCAACAGGGACAAGGUCCCAAGAGUUCGACGCACAGAYACACGUCCGGCYGUGGCAGGAGCACCCGCAACAGGACAUCAAUCCGCUGCGUAUUCAUGGUUGCCUCCCCCUCCUUCGCAAACACGACGGCCUACACCAGACUUGACUUCGGCACCUGUUGGCGAGGCCGCUGCAACGGCCACUGAGGGUGCAGGAAACGUCCAGCUCGAGGAGCCCGUCCAGGUUUCGGAUUCGUCACCUUCUCCUGUGCCCAUGAACGCCACGACCUCGCAGCACGGUGUUUUUGGGACACUGGAUCCUUUACAGAAUCUGCGCAACAUUGCAGCUUCGAGUCCAGGCCCCACCGCAUCACCUGCGGCCGGGGGCGGGGUGUGGGAUUCGCUAGGUAUGGGCGCCGGUGCACGAGUGAGGGGCACUUACAGGCAGCAGGCGGUGACCUCGUAUUACAACGAUCCGCUAGAGCACGCAUGGCACCUGCAGAUCAUACGAUUCAUUGUCGAGAGUGGCAUGCCGUUCAACUGUGUGAAGCUUGAGAGCUUCAAACGCAUGUUGACGUUGAUCAUCCCGUCUGGGGUUCCAGGAGUCCCCACCCCAAAACCCCCAACGUAUCACAUGAUCYGUACCACACUUUUGGAUGAGCUUGAUGUGGAAGUCCAAAAGUGUGUGAAACCUGUCCYCGCUACUGCAGCUACCUACGGUUGCACGAUAAUGACAGACGGUUGGACCAACAUUCGGGGCCAAACGUUGUGCAACUAUCUCGUCUGCACAACACGAGGCGCCACAUACGUCGCAACAGAUGUUAUGCGAGGAAAUAAGGAUGCCACUGCUCUGGCGAAGGCUUGGCUGCGAAGGUUGAAGUCCCUUGACAUCAAGCUCGCCGACAUCACCGAUUUCGUCACAGACUUUGCCAGUUCGAACGUUUCAGCGAUGGAGGUGUUCCAGAAGGAUGAGAGUAUCAAGCACAUCUUCUGGAUUCCUUGUAUGGUGGAUAGCGACACGAGGCAGAUUGGCAAGAUUCUGCGUCGGUACAACGAGAUGAUCACGCGUUGUUUGUCUGCAUAUGCCGCUUUGGAGAAGGACGAGCAGGACGCGCUGCUUGAAGUGUUUGACAGACGCCGCACCAUGUUCAAGUCGCCUGCUCAUGUUGCUGCCAUGAUGUUGGACCCCGAGUUUCGAGACCGCACGAUGCCAGAUGACGAGGAGAUGCAGCACAGUUUGAAACUCGCUCUGAUUCAGUUUGGGUACCCGGAACAUUCGGAUCRGCACAACGAGGUYCUCACUGCCAUUGAYAAGUUCCAUUCCAGGGAGCCGCCGUUCGACGACGUGGCCAUGGACCGGGCGGCGAGGAGCUAUACCCAUCCAGCCUGUUUCUGGGAGUCGAAGGAGAAGAGGUUCCCGCACACGGCCUUCUUCGCUGGCAGGAUACUGCGUGUGUGGGCGACUGCGUCGCCUUGCGAGAGAGCUURGUCCCGUUGGAGUUUCAUCCACUCCAAAUCUCGUAACAGAUUGGAGGUGGCRYGGGCCGAGAAGCUCGUGCGAUGCCAUUGGAACCUUCAGCUCCUCGACAGGCAGGCUAUGUCGGACGAUGCUCCCAGUGACAGGCCACAUCCGUAUGGGAGCUGRRUGCACUACURGCAGCAGRUGGAGGAGGAGKUGCCYACCGACSAGCAGCUUGUGGCAGACCGAGGAGCCCGUGUGACGGUCACSAAGGAGGAGUUGACGCAGGCGAGAGAGAGGAUGCGCGUYGUGUCCCGCAUGGGAGYCACUCGUCGCUUGYGGGAGUMURACARGWGGAGGUGUCGUGGCGGCGGUCGCGGAGGUGGUCGUCAGGGCGGUCGCGGGCGAGGCGGGCGUGGAGGUCCUGGCGGGAGGCGUAGUGUCGCGAGUCGUGGAAGGGCAGUGGACGAGUUAGUACGCAAGCCUCGACAGCGAUGGGAUGAGGGAGACUUUUUGCACGAGAGCUCGUCCAGCGAUGACGAGGAUUUCUUCGGGACUGGCAGGCCUGCACAGGAUGGCGACAACGAUUUCGACGACCGGGGCGAGCACCGCACAGCAGUAGAUGACGCUCGAGAUGGAGUGCAUGAUGAUGGUUCACGACCUGUCUCGRRCRGURACCUGAGGCGCUUGAAAYGCRGACCAAGGGAAAAAGACACUAUCGCUUCACGUGUGCGCAAACGUCAUGGUGGGGUUGCUAGCAUUCCACUAUCACGAGUCCCCGCAACUGGGCAGAUUCCAAUUUCUGAGGACUCUUUCAGCGAUCACGGCGGCGAGGAGCGGAUCGAGCUGCAUGGCGGGAGCGGUCAUCCACGAGGUAACACUUCGAGUAUGCACGCGACAGCUCCGAUGGGGCCUUCCGCAGCAGUCCCAGAAUCGCAACAGGGUCCAGCACCGUUGAUGCGUCAUCCCGAGGUUCAGGGAGAGAUCAGUCCUCUCCCGGCAGUGCGGGACGAGAGUUCUGUCGGUGCACUGCAUCCACUCACGUCUGCCGGAGCGGCAGUCUCAGUUGCAGCGACCUCGGAUGUGGGACAACCAUUGGCAGCAGCGGAGCAAGAAAGUAUGCUCCCACCUCGCAGUGUUCAACCGCGGCCACCACCUGCAUUGAUGGAGGGGAGUCAAGGGACCAUUGUUGUGUGUCAAGGCGACCAUCUCCCGGAACGUGAUAUCUCACACACUCCCGCAGCCGAGCAGAGCGCCGCAGACCAUGUCGGCCUCGCAUGCCCCACCGGCAGUCUUCCGGGUACCGGCGAGUUACUGACCAUGGACUUUGCGCUUGUUUCUCUACCGGACUUGUCAGUGUUGAUAUCCCCAGGUCUACCCCAUGUGUCACCGCCCAAGCCACAACGGCAUGUUGUCAUGGAGCGUGGAUCAGACGGGUUUGACGUGGCAGGAGGCGAUAUCGCCGAUAUGAUUACGAGCCCAAUGGUGUCUGCCACGCCCACAAUUUUUCGUGUUGGCAAACUACGCGAGGUGGCCCUUGGUUUGGCGGAGACGGCGACGUGACACCACCGCGACGGUCAGCGCAACAUCGCACAACACAGUCUUUCUCAUUAUGUGAAUCAAUCCCCUUGGAGUAU